CAAGAUCAUGCCCCACCAGGGAUCCGCCCGCUACUGCUGCUGCUCUCUCACAUGGCUGACCGCCUGCCUGUUUGGGUACGUCAAUGAAUCCAUAGGGAUGUUUGGACGAGGGGUGUCGUGAACCUCCGGCCGAUCUUGCGCGGUUCAAUAUGUCGGUUUCGUGCGUGGAUCUAUUGCAGGUGGCCGAGCCCUUCCGGCCCUGAGCAUCAAGCGCCACCUACGCAUCGCAGGGAUGACCCUGAAGGGCAAGAAUCGACCGGCCGAGUGAGCCCCAUCGCAGAAAAUGGGAUUGCUACUUUUUCAUCCGUCUGUUUUCUCUCUCAGGCCGCUCGUGGUGUGAUGAUGGCUGCCAUGUUCGAAAGCCCCUCGCCAGCCGUCCCACUCCACAACGUGCUCGAGUAUGAGUCACGCCGGCAUGACGAUGACGACGAGGUAUCAAGAUGUUAAGAAGAGCAGCAACGAGGCCACAGCUUACUGUGGUUUGCCACGGUUUUGUCGUGAUUGCAGGCAGAACAACCUGCCACUGCCGCUACAGCAGCAUUGAGCCAUCAUGCAGCCCUGCAGGCCAGCACCGGAGGCAACACACCAACAGCACCGCGCUCUACGCCUCCAAGCGCUGAGUCGUCUCAUGCUGCUGCUACUUCUGCUGCGCCUGCCUCAACCACAGCCCCUGAUGCCCCUGCUGUAGCCCCUGAGCCUUGUCAUGCUGCCUCAACCACAGCCCCUGCUGCUGGUGGGGAGACCAGCAGCAACGUAGCUGCAGCUGGAGAGGCCAACAACGCACCGGAGAGAGCGCCUCUGCUGGUAUGUCUUUAUCCAUCUUGAUAUGGUGACACAGCCGACGUUUCUUUCUGUCUGUCUUUCAGCCUGAUUUGGUCAUCAACGUCCUCGCCUAUCUGCCCUUCCCCUCGCUCGUCCUGGCCCGCCUCCCUCCCUCCGUGCUGGAACAAGUGUGCAAGCUGCACACGCGUCUGAUCAUCGACGCAUCGACGCACGAAGGCGUGGAGGCCUGGGGCAGAAUGCUGCCGCAGCGCGCGAGACAGCUGGGACAGCUUGCCAUCAACGUCUCCACCAUCAUGAUGCGGCACCCUGGCUUCUUUCCGGAAUGGGGCCUCGCCGCUCUGGUGGCUUUCGUUGGUGGCCAAGCGGCAGGACGGGCAGAGGCAGCGGCACAAGAGGGGUCGGGAAUCCAAGGAGCAUCGCUCAAAGCCGUCUCGUUCGAGGGGGUGCCCUUGCCAGUACGGCCGGGACCAUUUAGAGCACCCCCCGUCGCUCCCGUCCCCUCUGCCGGCGCCCGCACGCGCCUUGAAGCCCUCACAUCGAUUUCAGGCCUGCUACAAGCCCACCAUCCUCUGGCCGACAGAUGGCUGAUGCCGUCUUUGAUCGACGUGAGCGGCCCUGGGUGUGAUGGGGAGAUGACGAGCGCCUUUCUCCGAUUGUCAACCACAAUUACGAGAAUUGGCUCGUCAUCCACACCCACAGAAAAGGCAGAGCUGCUCGAGCGCCUGCCUUUGGCCACGAGAGAGGGGGACAGGCUGGUGGCACCUCUAAGCCAUCUCGAGACGAUCGGCACUUUGCGUGUCUCUCGAGAUGCUGUCCAGAUGCGCCAGGAAUUCGACCGGCUAGAGGUAUGAAAGGAGAAAGUGCACCUUUCCCUGUCUUUUUGCAUGCAGCGCUUUUUUCCUUCCUUUCAGACCGUCAUGCUGGCACGCAACUGUCCUCGCUCGUCAAUCAAGGUCACUAUCGACUUCGACAUCGACGCUUUCGAGGGAGUCGACGGCUCCUUUCUGCCCCUUCUCGCCGCCAUCCAGGCGUUCUUCCGCACCUUCGCUGCCGGCCCCACCAUCUCCAUCGCCAACGAGCGCUUCUCUUUCAAUCUUGACGUGCUCAUCUACCUUCCCGCAAGCACGUCAACGUUUGUGAGAGACAGCCUCGUCAAGCUCGGGAAUGAAGCCACGGACGUCCUGUGGAAGUUGAGAGCGCAGCAUCUGCAUGACGCGCAAGAUGCGCACUCUCUCUUCCGUGAGCCGUCCCCAGCUGCGACCGACGUCUCCAGGCGGCUGACGUUUCCCAGGGCGGCCAAGUUCUGCCUUGAGGACGCAAAUGGCUUCUUCCCCGACCCUCCCCUCCCCGAGGUGAUGCCGGCCAUUCUCAACUACCUGCCACUGUCGAUCGGCGCCGACAGCUCCCACCUUGUCAUCGACAGUAGCGCGGGGUGCGAAGUGGGGCGGCAGCUUACAGGCUGCAUGACCGGCAUCAAUGAACUGAGUGUCUGGAAGGCCGUCGACGUGCACUUCGUGCACUCGAUCCUGCUGGCCAUUGGGGGAGGGAUGGCGAUGGAGAAGGUGUAUUUCUCGGUGAUUCGGGGCAGCGGUGGCCUGUGGCUGGGUGCAGAUAUCUAUCCCUCAAUCAAGGACCUGAAUGUGUGCAUAGGUAUCUGAAUGAAAAUGCAAAUUAACGGAACACACCUCACUUACUUCCACCUGUGUAUCUGUUGUGUGUGCAGAAUCUGCCAGCGACAUACCCAGCCUCCUGGAAGUCAGAGGUCUGGAGACCGUCAGCUUUCGAGCGAUGCGUCCAGACCUCAUGGCAAGGGCGGGGCUGCACCAGCUGAGAGAUCAUGGGCGGACGUAUGAAGGCUUCACGGUUGCAUGGCACUUGAACAAAGUGACGCUAUCAAAAGCUGCGGGUAAGCGAAGUGGGAAGGAUGGUUUGGUUCAAGUGUGAUUGCUGAAAUGUGUGCCUUUGCUUGUGUUGCGUGUCAGGUCGAGGUGGUCGAGGGCGCGGAAGCGGUGGAUGGAGAGGGCGGGGAAGAGGGAGGGGCAGGGGCCGGUGAGGGCUGACUAAGAGACCUUGCUUUCUUUGCUUGUUUUGCUCGGUUUUGGGCUGAUGUCUCUUUUUUCCGUCUUUUUCCGUGACGCAUCAAACGAUGCUCACAGUGAGUGCCACCUGGGGGUGACCUUAAUGUUGGAGAGGGCUUGUCAUUCGAAAGUGCGCACUUGUAUGAAUGCGUGUCGCUUUGUCUACUCACACUGAGCACCAUUCUCACUCAGCA